CGCUGGAGGCUCCGGGCCGGGAAGAGCCUGGUCAGCUGUGUCCGGCGGAGGCAGCUGCUGACCCAGCUGUGCCCUUUGCCAGGGGUGGGGGACAAGGGACAGGAGCCCUGGGUUCACGGGGGGGAGGCGGAGGCGGCAUCAUGGACCACCUCGGGGCGCCCCUCUGGUCCCUAAUUGGCCUUCUCUGUCUCUUGCUGUCUGGGGCAGCCUGCGCGCCCCCACCUAACUCCUUGGAUCCCAAAUUUGAGAGCAAAGCGGCCCUGCUGGCGGCCCGCGGGCCCCAGGAGCUUCUCUGCUUCACCGAGCGGCUGGAGGACUUGGUGUGUUUCUGGGAGGAAGCGGCAAGCUCCGGGGUCACCUCCAGCAACUAUAGCUUCUCCUACCAGUUUGAGGGCGAGCCUCCGAAGCCCUGUCCCCUGCGGCAGGCGCCCACCGCCCAGGGCGCCGUGCGCUUCUGGUGCUCGCUGCCCACGGCCGACACAUCGAGCUUCGUGCCCCUGGAGCUGCGGGUCAUGAAUGUCUCCUCCGGCUCCCCACGUUAUCACCGGGUCAUCCACAUCAAUGAAGUGGUGUUCCUGGACGCUCCCGUGGGGCUGCAGGCGCAGGUGGCGGAGGAGCGCGGCCAAGUGAUCCUUCGCUGGCUCCCGCCGCCUGGAGCACCCAUGAGGAGCCACAUUCGCUACGAGGUGGACGUCUCUACCGGCAGCAGCCCAGGGGGAGCGCAGAGAGUGCAGAUCCUGGAGGGCCGCACGGAGUGCACGCUCAGCAACCUGCGAGGCUCCACGCGCUACACCUUCGCGGUUCGCGCGCAUAUGGCGGAGCCCAGCUUCGGUGGCUUCUGGAGCGUCUGGUCCAAGCCUGUGUCGCUGCAGACGGCUAGCCACCUGGACCCCCUCAUCCUGACGCUGUCCCUCAUCCUCGUGCUCAUCCUGCUGCUGCUGACCGUGCUCGCCCUGCUGUCCCACCGCCGGACUCUGAAGCAGAAGAUCUGGCCUGGCAUCCCCAGCCCUGAGAGUGAGUUUGAGGGCCUCUUCACCACCCACAAGGGUAACUUCCAGCUCUGGCUGUCACAGCGCGAUGGCUGUCUGUGGGGGAACCCUUGCACCCCCUCUCCAGAGGACCCCCCUGCCCGCCUGGAAGUCCUCUCCGAGCGCUGCUGGGGGCUGACCCAGGCAGUCGAGCCAGGGGCAGAGGACAAGGGGCCCCUGCUGCAGCUGGCAGGCAGGGAGCCCGCCCAGGACUCCUACCUGGUGCCGGACAAAUGGCUGCUGCCCCGGAGCCCGCAGGGUGACGAGCCGCCAGGCUGCAGGGGCUGCUCGGACAUCGUGGGGGCCCUAGAUGAAGGCUCAGAGGCCUCCUGCUCAUCCACCUCAGCCUUGAAGCCUGAGCCAGAGGAGGCCCUGGCCACCAGCUUUGAGUACACCAUCCUGGAUGCUGGCUCCCAGCUCCUGCACCCACGGGCGCUGUGCCCUGAGCCGCCCCCCACCCCGCCCCACCUCAAGUACCUGUACCUUGUGGUGUCGGACUCCGGCAUCUCCACUGACUACAGCUCGGGGGGCUCCCAGGAAACCCAGGGAGGCUCCUGUGAUGACACCUACUCCAACUCCUACGAGAACAGCCUGGUCCCCAGCCCCGAGCCUCUCACCCCCAGCUACGUGGCCUGUUCUUAAGAGCCCAAGGUGGCCCACCAGAGUCCCCAGGGCUGGGGCACUGAUGGCCAUCGACAGAGCCACCCCGCUCAGGAAGCCACAAGCUUGCAGCAUUUUUAACUAUGUAUAGCUUUUUUUUUUUUUUUUCCGAGUGUGUACAUAUAUAUAUAAAUGUGUUUUUUCUAUCUUGACUUCUGCAAACACCCUGGGAGCCCGUCCUUCCCUGUGCCAGGCCAUAGGGAUAACAGUUAAAGCCCGUGAGCUCAGUCUGAAAUUCUGGACUGGAAAUCCGAAUAUUAGUCCUAAUAAAAUACAUCAGUCAGCACAA